AUGGCAGGCUAUUCGAAAUCAAAAGCACAACUGAACACAGGCGCGGAGAUACCGCUGAUAGGAUUUGGUACAUGGCAGGACAAGGACCAACAGGCCGAUGCUGUCUUUGAGUGUCUAAAGAGUGGCUAUCGACAUAUCGACACCGCUAGGGUAUAUGGUACCGAGAAGGGAGUUGCAGAGGCUAUCGAGAGGAGUAAUGUACCGCGAGGAGACAUCUUCCUCACGACCAAGCUGUGGAACAAUUCCCAUCAUCCCGACGAUGUGGAGAAAGCGUGCGAUGAAUCAUUGGGAUUCCUCCGGACCGACUACCUGGACCUCUAUCUGAUGCACUGGCCGAGUCCUUUCAAGAGAGGCGACAAGCUGCGACCUACAAAGGACGACAAAAUCUUGACUGGCGAUUCCGAUUUCGUCGACACCUACAAAGCGAUGGAGAAACUUGUUGACAGUGGCAAGGUCAAGGCGAUCGGAAUCAGCAAUUUCUCAAGGGCGGAAUUGGAACGUCUGCUGAAAGAGACCUCUGUCGUGCCGGCAGUUCAUCAGAUGGAGUUACACCCUUACCUGGCUCAACACGACUUUGUUGAUUUCCACAAGACGAAAGGCAUUCAUAUCACGCAGUAUUCACCCUUCGGCAACUCCAACCAGGUCUAUACCAAGGGCCAGGAUAUCAGUAAGUUGAUCGACGACCCAGUUCUAGUUGACAUUGGGAAGAAAUACGGAAAGAACGGGGCCCAGGUUGCACUGGCCUGGGGUAUCGCACAUGGUCGUAGCGUCAUUCCCAAGUCCAAAACCCCGUCUCGCAUCAAGGCCAACUUUGAGGGAGAUUUCAAGCUCGAGGCAGAGGAUGUGAAGAAGAUCGAUUCUCUCGAUAAGAAGCUGAGGUUCAACGACCCAUCAUCAUCGUUUGGUUGGAACUUUUAUUCAGAUCUGGACGGCAAAGCCAGCUAG